AUGAAUGAAUUAAGGAAUCCACUGAGUUCAACAAGUUUACCUGCACAUAAGUACUUCUAUGACCCAUUUAAGACGGACGCCGAAACCUGUACAGACAACAGGACGGUAGAUAUACAAACCAAGCUGACUCAAUAUUCGAGCUAUGGAAUUCAUGUUAAUCAGAUUGAAGAAGCAAUAUGCUUUGUGUCCAAAAUACAUAUAUUCAAGAAAUACCCAAAAUAUAACGACCGUUGGCAUUUUUUAUAUUAUUGGGUAGGAGAACAAAUAUGGAACGCACUGGGAAAGUCGGACACAGAUAAGAAGAACCAAUUCCCAACCAUCUUGAAGGAGGUUUGCAAUAUAAUAAAGACUAAAUGUGAACGUGAUAAUGUAGAUGGAAGUGGAAAAUGUGAACUUCUUUGCCCGGAACAAAUGGACGGAACCACUUUCGAACAGGAUAAAAAAGUAUUCGAUUUCUUCAGUAAUUAUAAUGAAAUAAAGAAUUAUGUAUACGGAGGUGAGGCCGAUUGUCAAACGCAUUGGCCUUCUUACAAGUCGGAAGUCGAAUCAGCAUGUACUACUGUAGAAAAUUAUUGCAAAAAAGUAGGGACACAUGAGAGAGAACCAUACUGUAUAAAUUUCCCCCAAAAUCAUGGAGUUUACUGUAAGAUGACACUACAAAAAUUAGAGUGCAAAUCACCACAAGAUGCAGUACCAGAGGAGCAGGAAUCGACAUGUCCUUCUGAGGAUGCAAAUACACAACUCUUCGAAGAAAGGAUACGUUCAGCCACCACCACAGCAAGCAUUUCUUCUAUACUCGGCACACUAGGACUAACGGUAGUUCCUUAUGUCCUAUAUAAGGUAUAA